AUAUCCGAACCUGAAUGUUUAAAGGGCAUCACUCCAGUAGUUCUCAGGCCACUGAACUGAAACCCGGAGCAGUGUGGAUGUUAUAGACACUUUGGAUUUUAGUAUUUGUCCAGAAGACCUUUUUUUCCUCAACAUUUUUUGUCUUGUAGGACAUAUAGACUUUGUGCUGUUUCAGUUGGAUUGCACAUCACAACAGGAGUAUGAUACUCAGGAGAAAUUUCUACUUGCUGCCUUUGCUGUUACUAUGCAUCAGAGCACUACCUCAAGAUGGCCAUGUGGAAGAUGAAUCCAUCUUCGACCUUUUCAAAAUCAGCAGCAUCAGCAGAAAGACGAUCGGUGCCAAGCUCUUCAAGGGCCACGACUGGGACUCGCCUGCAUAUCGCUUUAUACGCUUUGAUCACGUCCCUGCUGUGAGCACCCCGGCCCUCCAUCAGAUCCUAAAGCAGGUCCAGAACAAUGAGGGCUUUGUGUUUGUGGCCACCAUACGACAGGACAAGGGCUCCAGGGGAACCCUGAUUGGUCUGGAGGGCCCCAGUGGGAGCCGUCAGUUUGAGAUUGUGUCCAAUGGGCGAGCCAACACGUUGGAUCUGCUUUACAUGGUCGAGGGAUCUCAGAAUGUUGUGUCCUUUGAGGAUGUGGACUUGUCUGAAUCGCAGUGGAAGAACAUUACGCUGUACAUUCACGGAGAGAAUGCUCACCUCUAUGUAGGCUGUAGCCUCAUUGACAGCGUGAUCCUGGAUGAGCCUUUCUAUGAACAUCUGCGGCCGGAGGGCAGUCAGAUGUUUGUGGCCAAGGGAUCUAUCAGGGAAAACCACUUCAGGGGUUUACUACAGAAUGUGCAGUUCAUUUUUGACACACCAAUAGAGAACAUCCUAAGAAACAAAGGUUGUGUGAUCGCCAAACCUGAGGAAGUUAACGUGGUUAAUGAAAGUACAGAGACUGUGUCUGUUGGUACGGCCAUCUCCACCAACUUCAUUGGGCAGAAGGAAAAAAUGGCAUCGGAUGUGUGCGAGCGCUCCUGUGAGGAAAUCACCAACAUGGUCCAGGAGCUCAAAGGUCUCCGUAUUGUUGUGGGCAAUCUCAUCGAUGGCUUGCAAAAAGUGACUGAGGAGAACACUGUGAUGAAGGAGGUGCUGGGGAACAUGAAGAACAUCAAAGACAAGCGCAUGUGCUGGCAAGAUGGCCGUCUCUUUGAGGAUAAGGAGGACUGGGUUGUGGACAGCUGCACCAAGUGUACCUGUCAGGAAUCAAAGAUUGUAUGCCAUCAGAUCACAUGUCCUCCAGUGUCCUGUGCCAGCCCUACUUUCCUAGAUGGUGAAUGCUGUCCAGUGUGUCUGCCUAAAGACAGCGAAGAUGGCUGGUCGCCUUGGUCUGAAUGGACUGAGUGUACCGUUACAUGUGGAACAGGCACCCAGCAAAGAGGCAGGUCAUGUGAUGCCACAAGUAACCCCUGCAGUGGCCCCUCCAUUCAAACCCGCAGAUGCAACUUGGGAAAAUGCGACAGUCGUGUCCGUCAAGAUGGUGGUUGGAGUCUGUGGUCACCCUGGUCGUCAUGCUCUGUGACGUGUGGAGAGGGACAGAUCACGAGAAUUCGCCACUGUAACUCCCCUGUUCCUCAGCUGGGAGGAAAGGACUGUGAGGGCAGCGGGAGAGAGACUAAAAAAUGUGAAGCCAAACCCUGUCCGAUUGAUGGAGCCUGGGGCCCAUGGUCUCCUUGGGCGAUCUGCUCCGCCACCUGUGGGGGAGGAACAAGGACACGAACACAUGUGUGUAACAGCCCUCAUCCACAGUAUGGUGGCAAGAAAUGCCCAGGGGAGUCCAAGGAUACUGAUUCCUGCAACAAGCAGGACUGUCCUGUUGAUGGUUGUCUAUCUAACCCGUGCUUUGGGGGUGUUGACUGCACCGGCUCCGCUGACGGCUCGUGGGAGUGCGGGCCCUGCCCUGUCGGUUUCCGUGGCAAUGGUACAUUCUGUGAGGAUGUGAAUGAGUGUGACAUGGUGCCUGAUCUUUGUUUUAAAAGUGGUGAAUCCCAGCGCUGUGUCAACACAGACCCAGGAUUCCACUGCUUGCCUUGCCCUCCUCGAUACAAAGGCAAUCAACCCUUUGGAAUGGGAGUGGAGGCUGCCAAGCUAAAUAAACAGGUAUGCGAGCAAGAAAACCCCUGCAAAGACAAGACUCACAACUGCCACAGAUCCGCUGAGUGUAUCUACCUUGGCCAUUUCACUGACCCCAUGUUUAAAUGUGAGUGUAAGAUCGGCUAUGCUGGGGACGGCCUUAUCUGUGGCGAGGACUCUGACCUUGAUGGCUGGCCCAAUCAGAACCUGGUGUGUGGAGCCAACCAAUCCUAUCACUGCAAAAAGGACAAUUGUCCCAACCUUCCAAACUCAGGCCAAGAAGACUUUGAUAAAGACGGUCAAGGAGACGCCUGUGACAAAGACGAUGAUAAUGAUGGAAUAAUGGAUGAGGCGGACAACUGUCCUCUACUGUACAAUCCGAGGCAAUUUGACUACGAUAAAGAUCUUGUGGGUGAUCGUUGUGAUAACUGUCCAUAUGAGCACAACCCCGCUCAGAUCGACACAGACGGUAAUGGCGAGGGAGAUGCCUGCUCUGUAGACAUUGAUGGAGAUGAGGUUCUGAAUGAGCAUGAUAACUGCCCCUACAUGUACAAUACUGACCAGAAGGACACCGAUAUGGAUGGAGUGGGAGACCAGUGUGAUAACUGUCCUCUGCUGCACAACCCUGAACAGACUGACUCCGAUAAUGACCGAGUUGGUGACGAGUGCGACAACAAUCAGGACAUUGAUGAGGACGGCCACCAGAACAGCCUGGAUAAUUGUCCCUACAUUCCCAAUGCCAACCAGGCCGACCAUGACAAAGAUGGGAAAGGAGAUGCUUGUGAUUUUGAUGAUGAUAAUGACGGAAUCCCUGAUGACAAGGACAACUGCAGACUGGUGCCAAACAAAGAUCAACUGGACUCUGAUGGGGAUGGAAGAGGCGAUGUCUGCAGAGAUGAUUUUGACAAUGACAACAUUCCAGACAUUUUGGAUGUGUGCCCUGAGAACGACGCCAUCGGUAACACUGACUUCCGGAAGUUCCAAAUGGUGCAUUUGGACCCCAAAGGAACUACACAAAUUGAUCCCAACUGGGUGGUCAGACAUCAGGGCAAAGAGUUGGUUCAGACGGCCAAUUCUGACCCCGGUAUUGCAGUUGGUUUCGAUGAGUUCAAUGCCGUGGAUUUCAGUGGCACAUUCUACGUCAACACUGACAGAGAUGACGAUUAUGCUGGGUUUGUGUUUGGAUAUCAGUCCAGCAGUCGAUUUUAUGUGGUAAUGUGGAAGCAGAUAACUCAGACGUACUGGGAAGUUAAUCCUUCAAAAGCUUUUGGCAUCGCUGGUGUUUCUCUGAAAGUGGUCAACUCUACCACGGGCACAGGGGAACACAUGCGGAAUGCCCUCUGGCACACUGGUGACACUCCUGGACAGGUCCGCACACUGUGGCACGACCCUAAGAAUAUCGGCUGGAAGGAUUACACUGCGUACAGGUGGCAUCUCAUCCACAGACCCAAGACAGGGUUCAUCAGAGUGGUGGUUUAUGAGGGGAAACAGAUCAUGGCAGACUCUGGGCCAGUUUAUGAUACAACCUUUGCAGGAGGGAGAUUAGGACUGUUCGUGUUUUCCCAAGAACUGGUUUACUUCUCUGAUCUCAAGUACGAGUGUCGAGAUAACUGAGAAAGAGAAGAAAAGACUCCCUUCCAAAGCUAUAGCACAACAACACAUUUUCAUUCUCUGACAAAACACAAAAGACUUUGGUGGACUACAAAAAGGAAACAGGCCCCAGACCUCCUCCUGAGGAGAGAGAAUUAACUUCAAUCACAAGCACAUUUAUAGGGAU